GGCUGAGAUUUUGAAGAGCUGACGGAAAAACCAAUGGAUGAUAUUUAUAAUUAAUGUAUAAAUUGUAUUAGUUUUACUAUUUAUCUAGAAUAGGAUUACUGUCGCUCCACAAAAGUUCACCAAACAAUGGCUUCCUCUCUUUCGACGGCGAUAGCGGCUAUUCAGGGUAGUAGCUUGGGACUCCGCAAAGCCGGCAAGACCCCAUCUUCAUGUCUCGCUGCUCCUUUGAGAGCCCCGGCAUCUCUUGGAAGUCUCAGCGGACGGACUAAGUCAUUGUGCUUUCGCACGCGCUUGCCCUCCGGAAUCCCUUCUGUUAAACCCUGCAGGGUUGUCUGUUCGGCCGCCGAGAAGCAAGUUCUCGAGCUGCAAGCAAAGGUGACCAACAGAUGCUUCUUUGAUGUGGAAAUUGGGGGAGAGCCCGUCGGAAGAAUUGUAUUGGGCCUCUUUGGAGAGGUCGUUCCUCUCACUGUUGAGAACUUCCGGGCCCUGUGCACUGGUGAGAAGGGGUUUGGCUAUAAAGGAUCCUCUUUUCACCGCAUAAUAAAGGAUUUCAUGAUCCAAGGUGGAGAUUUUGAACGAGGAAAUGGAACUGGAGGAAGGAGUAUUUAUGGCUCUAAAUUUGCAGAUGAAGAUUUCAGUUUGAAGCAUGUCAGCCCAGGAGUCCUGAGCAUGGCAAAUGCUGGACCUGACACCAAUGGAAGCCAGUUCUUCAUCUGCACUGUGAAGACCCCAUGGUUAAAUAAUCGCCAUGUAGUGUUUGGACAUGUUGUCGAAGGGAUGGAUGUGGUCCAGAAGCUCGAGCAGCAAGAAACAAGUAGAUCAGAUGUACCGCGUUUGCCCUGUCGGAUCAUCAAUUGUGGUGAAUUGCCUCUGGAUUGCUGACUGGCGUGAUCCUCUUUGUGAUUUCUGUUAUUCAUAUUCAAAUUUGCCUUUAUUCCUGGUUGUCCUGGAGAAGUGGUUUUAUCACGUGGAAUGUUGACUCUCAUCAGAUGACGCGGUUGUAUUGGAUUCUGAUUAAACAAGUGACAGUUGAUUCUCAAAUACAGUUUCUCUUUUGCA